GAAUCAGGGAAAAAGGGACUGAUGGACAAAAUCCAUAUGGUCCAAGAGAUCGUCAUCAUUGUCCAAAACAUUUUGGAUGAAAUUGCAUGCAUCGGGGAAAGAGUCAAGAAGUAAGUUUUACAUUUUAAGUUUUGGAAAUGUUUCAUAACCCAUUACAGUAAACUGGAGUUCAAUAUUCUCUGUAACAGUGGGUGUAUACGGCUUUGGCUUGCAACUACAUUAUUGAUUGUGCAGUAUCUUGUAUCCUCUUAGUCAUAAUGAUAUUCUGACUUUAUUUGAUGUAAUAUUUAAUCCACAGCACGUUCAACUGGUCUGUGCCCUUCCUGUCCUGGCUGGCCUGCUUGGUUCUCUUUGUGGCAACAGCAGCAUUAUACUACAUCCCACUGCGCUACAUUAUCUUGAUAUGGGGUAAGUCAAAUAUACACCAUUAUUUGAAUAAUAAAUACUGUUUUGGAAUGGAUAGCUUCCCCUUCUGCAAAACAUUGUUGUAAAAAGACAAUUACAGUGAAUAGCACUUAUAUCCAUUAUCAUUAUAACAUGUUCUUCAUUGAAGUCAUUUGAACAUUCAUCCAUCCUCACACCAGAGCUCAGGCUGCUAGCUCCAGAGGCUCAGUGUGCUCAGAGCUCUGCUCAGUGGGGGAUGUAAGCAGACCAGUCUGAGGCUAGGCUCAGGGUCUGUGAGAAAACAAAGCCGAGCGACGAGGCAGAGAGCAUCAUGCUGUAUAUAAAACAGGAUGUCCUUGGGCAGUGUAGGCUCCUGGUGGAAACCCUCAUUAUCUGCUCCAGUCCAACAGAGGAAGGCAGUCGUCUCAGCGGUCAGAGGGAAACAGACACUCCUCCUCCAGCUGUUAGCCCACAACUAACUGUACUUCUACACUGCCUCCAACACAAUCAAUACCAAAAUCAUAUCAAACAAAAGCACUGAUAGACUCUCCUCACUCCCCAGUUAACCCCCAUCUCUGGUUGUGAUGCAAGCUUUUCAUGUAGUCUGCACACAUUUAGGUCCUUAGGUUCUUUGUGUACAUGUCGAGGUAAGCGCUGUAACUAGCAGUGAAUAUAUGGUCUCAUUAGAACAAGACCCCAGAGGUAUCUGUUUCCUUUCUAGAAAUAGUGUGGAAUGGGGGGAAAUAACACUAUUGAAAAUUAGAGAAAUAAUAAAGUUAUUUGAAAGGAAACCUAAGAAAUGUUUUGGUUGUUUGAAUGAUAUGGAAAGGUAGUUGGGGGUGGAGUGGUGAUAGGGCGAGGGGAGGUUGGUAAUCUCUGCUCCGGGCUUUAGUACUGUAUGUGUACUCAGAGGACCUGAGUCGCCCUUGGACACGGACUGAAAUGUAUGUUCUGCAGUCAGCCACCAGGCUCUGUUCAAAAGCUCUCAUGGAUGUUUGUGUUACUGUGCACCUGCUGCCUGCAUUACAGCAUUCUCUGUACUGUUGAGCUGCCAACAUAUACACUAUAUAUACAAAAGUAUGUGGACAACCUUUCAAGUUAGUUGAUUUGGCUAUUUCAGCCACUUCCGUUGCUGACAGCCAUGCAAUCUCCAUAGACAAACAUUGGCAGUAGAAUGACCUCACUGAAGCGCUCAGUAACUUUCAUCUUGGCACCGUCAUAGGAUGCCACCUUUCCAACAAGUCAGUUCGUCAAAUUUCUGCCCUGCUAGAGCUGCCCUGCUCAACUGUAAGUGCUGUUAUUGUGAAGUGGAAAUGUCUAGGAGCAACAACAGCUCAGCCGCGAAGUGGUAGGCCACACAAACUCACAGAACGGGACUGCCGAGUGCUGAAGCGCGUACCGUGUAAAUAUCAUCUGUCCUCGGUUGCAACACUCACUACCGAGUUCCAAACUGCCUCUGGAAGCAACGUCAGUGCAAGAACUGUUCAUCGGGAGCUUCAUGAAAUGGGUUUCCAUGGCCGAGCAGCCGCACACAAGCCUAAGAUCACCAUGCGCAAUGACAAGCGUCGGCUGGAGUGGUGUAACGCUUGCCACCAUUGAACUCUGGAGCAGUGGAAAAGCAUUCUCUGGAGUAAUGAAUCACGCUUCACCAUUUGGCAGUCCAACCGACAAAUCUGGGUUUGGCGGAUGCCAGAAGAACGCUACCUGCCCGAAUGCAUAGUGCCAACUGUAAUGUCUGGUGGAGGAGGAAUAAUGGUCUGGGGCUGUUUUUUAUGGUUCGGGCUUGGCCCCUUAAUUCCAGUGAAGGGAAAUCGUAACGCUACAGCAUACAAUGACAUUCUAGACAAUUCUGUGCUUCCAACUAUGUGGCAACAGUUUGGGGAAGGCCCUUUCCUGUUUCAGCAUGACAAUGCCCCCAUGAACAAAGCGAGGUCCAUACAGAAAUGGUUUGUCCAGAUCAGUGUGGAAGAACUUGACUGGGCUGCACAGAGCCCUGACUUCUACCCCAUCUUUGGGAUGAAUUGGAACAGCGACUGCGUGCCAGGCCUAAUGGCCCAACAUCAGUACCCAACCUCACUAAUGCUGUUGUAACUGAAUGGAAGCAAGUCCCCGCAGCAAUGUUCCAACAUCUAGUGGAAAGCCUUCCCAGAAGAGUGUAGGCUGUUACAGCAGCAAAGGGGGGACCAACUCCAUUUUAAUGCCCAUGAUUUUGGAAUUAGAUGUUCGGCGAGCAGGUCCCCACAUACCUUUGGUUAUGUAGUGUAUAUUUAUGAUGAUACAUAUCAAUUCACUGUCCAUACAACCUCACCAUCUUAUUGAUAUACAGAUUCAAUUUAGUUCCUGUGGAUCAAUUCAAAAUAGCGUCACAAGGUGCAAUUUCUCAUACAGCGGUGAAAGAGCUAGGGAUUGGGUCGCAAGAUUGUUUUCUCCUUGUAAAAAUAUGCAGGUCUCGAUGACACCUUUAUUUAUUAAAGUGUCCUUGUUUUCACAGGCGUUAACAAAUUUACCAAGAAGCUACGCAACCCGUAUGCCAUUGACAAUAAUGAAAUACUGGAUUUCCUCAAGAGGGUGCCUUCUGAUGUUCAAAAGGUAAGG